AUGUUACGACUUCAUUUACCAAAGAAAGGUGAUUUACGUGAUCCAAAUAAUUGGAGAGAUAUAACGCUACUGUCGAUACCUGGGAAAGUGCUUUGUGCAAUAUUAGCAGAUAGGAUAAGACCAGCAAUAGAGAAAGUUUUACGUGAAGAACAAGCCGGCUUUAGACCAAAUAGAGGGUGUAGCGAUCAAAUUUUCACCCUAAGACGAAUUAUAGAAAAAUCAAUAAACAAAAGAUAUGGUAUUAUUUUGAAUUUUAUUGACUUUGAAAAAGCAUUUGAUUCAGUACAUCAGGAAUCAUUAUGGGAAAUUCUAAAGUCUUACGGUAUACCAACAAAAAUCGUAGAAAUCAUCAAAAGCUUAUAUGAAGAUGCUGAGUCGUGUGUGAAGGUAAAUGAAGAAGAGAAUACUGCAUGGUUUAAGAUCAAGACGGGAGUUAGACAAGAAUGUAUUCUUUCACCUUUACUGUUUAUUAUUGCGAUUGAUUGGGUACUUCAAAAAGCUCUGAAAGAUCAAAAGUUAGGAAUUAAAUUGAAUUAUAAACAGGAAAUAGAAGAUUUGGAUUUUGCAGACGAUAUCGUACUUAUAGCUGAUAAUACACAGAAAAUGCAAGAAAAAACAGAUCGUAUAGAUACUCAUAGUAAAUCAAUAGGGCUAAAAAUAAAUGCAAGGAAAACAAAUAUUAUGGUGGUAAAUGAAAACAAGUUUGGAGAUGAUGUAGAGAUUAUGGUUAAUAACAAUAAAUUGGCAAAAGCGCAGGAGUUUAUGUAUUUGGGCAGCAAAAUAUCUCAAAGCGGUGACAUCAUGAUAGAGAUAAACAAUAGAAUAGCUAAAGCAGCAUAUGCACUGACAGCACUAAACAAAGUAUGGCAAAAUAAAAGUAUUCCAUUGAAAACAAAGAUGCAACUGUACAGAGCAAAUGUAAUAGCAGUGCUCAUAUAUAGUAGUGAAACGUGGCAGCUAACCAAACAACAAGAAGAAAAAAUAAAUUCUUUUGAUUACAUAUGUUUGAGGAAAA